GGCUGAGUUUUUGCCCAUUUUUCGUUCCGUUUUUACGCUGUUUUCCGGUGCCCCAGUGCCCAUGGACACCAGCUGGCUGGAAACCAGAAGAGGAGCUGUCACAAGUUCGCCAUCACAGGCCUAAGGACUUCCUGACCCUUAAGAAUCCCCGUAGUCCAGGCAGGCAAAAUCUGAGCAUGAACGGCUGUUUACCAGAUGACCUAAGAAAAUGUUGCCUCUUUUUUCCCCCCCUCUUUCUUUCUUUUUUCUUUCUUUUUUCCCCCCUUUUCCAGUAUGAUGUGUCAAUUCAGUGUAGUAGAAAGUAAAAGCGCCACCUUCCCAACAGAGAAACAGCGCCACCUGCUGGAUGACAGUGUCUUAGAAUCUCACAGCCCUGUCAGGAACCAUCCGCUAAAUUCCAUUUUCACCAAUGGCAUUUCUCUAGAAAGCAGCGAAAGUUCAGAAUUCAGCGAAGAGCCGUCAUCGGGACUGGAGAGGGGACGGCUGUAUGCCACGCUGGGGCCUAACUGGCGGGUGCCAAUUCGGAAUUCACCCAGAAGCCGGAGCUGUGUCUACAG